AUGCCACACCGUGCCAAGUACUGGAUGGCUAUGGUGGAUGACGCAUCUAAUUUUGUCACGCUCUCACUCCUUCACUCGAAAGAUGGAGCAUUCAGAGCGUUCCAAGAGUUCCACAAGCUCGCCGAGAAUCAGACGCACCAGCGCUUGGUACACUUGCGAGAUGAUAAAGGCGGCGAGUUCAGUGGCAAAGAGUUUGAUCAGUACUGUAUCUCCGCUGGUAUUACAAGAGAACGCACAAUAGUGGCAACACCGGAGCAGAAUGGACGAGUCGAGCGAGCAAACCGAUGGAUAGCAGAAGGGGCAACCACUAAACUUACAGAAUCAAACCUUCCACCAUCUUUUUGCGGUCUCGCUGCAAUUGCCACUGUCCAUGAUUUCGAGGAGGUCCUUACGAAUCUCCCAGCUCGACGACACACAAUUGCGCGGCAGCCAGGCACAUUGACCGAAUCUGACUUGGACCUUGACUUAAAUGAGAGCUCUGACGAGGAUAAUGUCCAAUUAGCUGCUGAAGAAGCGUUCUUACCCUCAAAUUCCAUCUCUCAUGUGCCAACUAAGGCUCGACGCUGGAGACCUAAGCCGAAUUUCGAAGCGCCUGAUCAUAUCCUCAUUCCCAUUGUUGAUGGCGUCGAAGCUGCCUUAAAUACAUCUACAAGCCGCGAGCCAACAACACUAGGAGGAGCUCUGAAACGCCCUGACGGCGACAAGUACGUCCAAGCGGCUAUAGAAGAGGUCAGAGCUCACCUGGAAAACGGCACGUGGAAGUUUGUGCGACUCCCACAAGGCAGAAAGGCUAUCGGCUCACCAAGUACAAGGGACGCAUUGUGGCCAAGGGAUACGCACAACGAGAGGAAUCGACUACACAGAAAUCUUCGCACCAUCAUAGCACUUGCAGCACUUGAAGACUGGGCGCUAGAGUCAGUAGACAUAUCAACCGCUUUUCUCAAUGGUAAGAUUGAUGCGGAAGUCUACAUGAGAAAGCCAGAAGGAGUCGAGUUCGAGGGCUAUGAGGGCACAAGCUGGGUGCUUCAACUUCUCAAGGGCCUCUAUGGAAUCAAACAAGCCCCUCGCAUCUGCAAUCACAGUGUCUUCAUCUACGAGCGUGAUAACGUCAAGAUUGUUGUACCAGUCCACGUUGAUGAUCUCCUGCUCGCAUCAAAGUCACCAGACGCCAUUCAAAUCGUGAAGAAUGGACUCAAGGCGCGCUUCAAAAUCCACGACCAGGGACCUACCUCAUUCCUACUUGGUGUCAAACUCGAGUGUGACCGCCAAUCCCGCACUAUCUAUCUUUCUCAGCCAGCAUACAUCGAACAUAUCCUUGAAACCUACGAAAUGCAGGACUGUAAUGGCACCGACACGCCCAUGGCUGAAAAGCCACUCCUCUCGACCAAGGAUUCACCACAAACUGAGCAGAAGAAGUUGGAAAUGCAGAAUGUACCCUAUCGAGAGGCCUUUGGAAAGCUCAUUUACCUCGCGACUGCCACUCGAUCAGACAUCUCCUACUCUGUGGGGAUGCUCUGUCGGUUCAGCGAGAAUCCUGGACGAGCACACUGGCUAGCUCUCAAACGGGUACUGCGAUAUCUCCCCAAAACAACAAACUACAAGCUCACCUACGGCCUCGAACCCGACUCCGACGAAUUAUUCACGACGCAUAGUGAUGCCGAUCUGGGUGGAAACGCCGAUAAUACCAGCUCGACAGCCGGUUUUAUCAUGUCAAUUGGUGGUGGCGCUGUAAUGUGGAGUAGCCGACUCCAGCGCCACACAUCACUAUCAUCAACAGAGUUGGAGUAUACAACAGCCUCUGCCACCGGGUGCGAAAUAAUCUGGAUGCGGUCAUUCCUCGAUGAAAUUGGCUACGACAUUGCGUCCUAUCCAUCCACCCUAUUUGUUGACAACGCCUCUGUCAUCCAAGUUGCCAAGAACCCAGAACAUCUGUCCACCAUGAAGCAUGUUCACCGUAGCUUCAACUGGAUUCGCGAGAGAGUUGCCAAUAAUGAAAUCCGGGUUGCUCAUGUCCCUGGAGCCGUCAAUGUUGCCGACGUCUUCACCAAACCACUAGGCCGCAUCAAGUUCGAACAGUUUGUCAAAAUGCUCGGUCUGAUUCCUCAUCCACAUGACCGUACUCAGUCCAUGUGCUGA